AUGAAGAUCGCCGUCGCUCUCAGUCUCGUCUCCCUAGCCGUCGCAGUGCCUCCCCAGCGGCCUCCAAGCCCUGCCCUCAGUGAAACGGGCUUCAACAACGUUAACAACCCUAACAACUUCAACAACUUCAAUAAUGUCAACAAUGCCCAGCGUCCCCCAAGUCCUGCGCUGAGUGACGCUGGCACGCAUCCUGCUCCCCCGCAACAGGCUACCCCUAUCCCCGCCAACAUCCAAGGGCUCGAUGCCUCAUUCAGCGUCAUAUGCGGACAGGCCACAGUCACGGGAGACGACAUCCACAAAGCCAUUUCCCUCGGAGUCAGCCUAGACCGCCAGGGAACACAACUAGCUGAUUUUCCCCAUGAUUACUCCAAUUACGAGAACUUCAGAUUCCUACACAAAAAGUGCAAUAGGAACAAGGGGCUGCACCGCAAAGAGAUGACGAUCGUCAAGGGGGAAUAUUUCAAUGGGAGAUGGGAAUAUGUGAAACGGUUCCGGGCCAUUUUUAUACAUGAUCCCAGCUCGCCGGUGGAUCAGAACGGCAGACCGAGUGCGAUAUACUGUGGGACGAUCUAUCAUCCGCGGGGAGCGAAUGCGUUUAAUGGGUGUGAUGUUAGGAGAGUCGAGUCAAAUGUAGCUGUUUGA